AGAUACUGGAACUGCAAUCUCGGAAAGGCCAUGUCGGAUCCAAAGAGCCGCGCGCAGACGUUCUUGGCGACGACCGCCAAGCAGCGCCUCACAACAUACGACGGGAAGACGUGGGAGUACUUUGACGUUGGCCCACGCUCGGCCAUGACCAUCGUGCUGCUUCCAGACGCGAUUGGCUCGGCGAUCGCGUACCACGCACUCAUGCCAGCGCUCGCCGCCGCCGGCUACCGCGCCCUCGCCGUACACUAUCCGGUCGUGUGGACGCACGAUGAGCUGGUCCACAGCUUGGACCGGUUCCUUGACGCCCUCAGCCUCGCAUCGGUGCACUUGUAUGGCGCAAGUCUUGGGGCGACGUUAGCGCAGCGGUUCUGCUCGGCGUUUCCGCACCGCGUGCGCUCACUCGUGCUCACGCGCGGCUAUGGCAAGAGCGUAGUGAUCGGCGCUCGGUACCUAAAGAUGCUCUCGGUGAUGCCCCGUUUCCAGCUGAAAAAACUGAUGCUCAAGGAGCUCGACACGUCGGAGGAUGUCGCAGAGCAUGCAGCGUCGGACUUUCUGCGGCAGCAGCUCGAAUGCUUGAGCCAGGCGCAGCUCGCAUCGCGCUUGACGUUGGCUGGCCUGUCGAGUAGUGCUCCUGCACGGGAUCUCCACAUCCCGUACGAUCGAGUCACGCUGCUUGACAGCUAUGGCUCCAACAACGCUGACGAUUCCGACCAACGCGAAGACAUGUAUGGGCGGUUCAGUGACGCGAAAAAGGCACUUCUCAAGGCGUCGGGGCGCUUCCCGUACCUCUCGCACCCGGACGACGUGGUCUUGUACCUUCAGGUGCACUUGCGAGCCCAUGCGUGCUAGCUGCCAUCGGCUGCCGAUGCAUUUGCGUCGUCCCGACCCACACGAGCAUUGGGACGUUGUUGGAUCACUUGCUCGUAUCGCCGGCCCGCUCAUCACAGAGGCCUAACUCUACGCUUUCUAUACCACGUGUAUUCGUAUUCUUUCGCUA